AAAAUCACGUUCAACGCCAUACAAUCCGGCUCAAAUAAAUUAAAGAUCCAUAUAUUACAAGAAGGAGCUGCUAUAUUUUCCGAAUUAUUACCUAUUAACGUUAAGGGGAACGACACACUUGGAUCAAAAAGCGAGAUAAUAAAGCAACUACAUCGACCAAAAGAAAACCUCGAGCAUUUUUUCGGAUAUAUAAUAGUAGUCAUAGGCCAUAGUUUCAAACUUUUUACCAUCGAAGAACUCGGAUGUUAUCUUUUGAACCUUGGAAAAUACGUGAUAUCAUGUCUUAAAUUUUUUAGAUCUCCUCAAUGUAGAUAG